CGGGCCGCGAGCGCCAUGGACAGCCCCGACGUGACGUUCACGCUGGCCUACCUGGUGUUCGGCGUGUGCUUCGUGUUCACGCCCACCGAGUUCCAGUCGGCCGGGCUCACGGUGCAGAACCUGCUGUCGGGCUGGCUGGGCAGCGAAGACGCGGCCUUCGUGCCCCACCACCUGCGCCGGACGGCCGCCACGCUGCUGUGCCACGCGCUGCUGCCGCUCGGCUACUAUGUGGGCAUGUGCUUUGCUGCCUCUGAGAAGCAACUCUACUGGCCCAGUCGAGCCCCAGUUGCCUGGCGUCUUUUCCUCCUGCUGGCGGUGACCCUGCCCGCUGUGACCUGUGUCCUGAUCUACUAUUGGUCACGGGAGUGCUGGGCACGUCACCCACUGGCCCGCACGCUGGCCUUGUAUGCACUCCCGCAGUCAGACUGGCGUGCUGUUGCCACUUCCAUCAACACGGAGUUCAGGCGCAUUGAUAAGUUUGCCACGGGGGCGCCAGGGGCACGUGUCAUUGUGACGGACACCUGGGUGAUGAAGGUGACCACAUACCGUGUGCACGUGGCCCAGCAGCAGGACGUGCAGCUGACCGUCACACAGUCGCAGCAGCACAACCUGUCGCCAGACUCAGUCCUGCCUGUGCAGCUCCUGACCAUCCGAGUGGCUGCCACUCGGCCCUUGGUGCAGGCCUUUGACAUCCGGCUGAACUCGACGGAGUACGGUGAGCUGUGUGAGAAGCUUCGGGCGCCCAUCCGCAGUGUUGCUAACGUGGUCAUUCGCCAGAACAUAGGCGACCUCUUCCUGGAGACCUUCGCCUCCCUGGUGGAGGUGAAUCCAGUAUACACAGUGCCCAACAGCCAGGAGCUGGAGGCCUGUAUUGGCUGCAUGCAGGCUCGUGCUGCUGUGAAGCUGGUGAAGCUGUGUGAGGAGGUGGCUGAGGGCGAGUGCCAGCAGUGCUACUGCCGCCCCAUGUGGUGCCUCACCUGCAUGGGCAAGUGGUUUGCCAGCCGCCAAGACCCCCAGCGCCCCGAUACCUGGCUGGCUUCCCGUGUGCCCUGCCCUACCUGCAGGGCUCUUUUCUGCAUCCUGGAUGUGUGUUCUGUGUGCUGAGAGCCUGUGGGCUGGUUUGGUACGGAAGACGCUAGGCCCUGGCCUCGCCCAGGCCCUCUUCAAUCGUGAUACCUGCCUUAUCCAUCAGGAGUAACCCGGGAUGACAUGCUGAGUGCUGCGAUCUUUCCUGUGGCACAGGGCGAAUGCUGUUUCUGCGUCCCAGGGGCUGUGGCUAGUUAAAGGGCCCUUUCCUGUCUAUUCAGGAAGACUCCACUUUCCACCUAGUGUUAGGCUCAGUAGCCAUCCCCUUCCCACGGUGCCUUCUGCUGUCCAGAGGGGACACUGUAGUAGUGACCACUAGACUACCUGGGACCUGCAAUGGGUGACAGGGCCGAGCUCUGAUGUCAUAACUGUUGGGGGGAGGGCCUUCCCAUGAAAUC